AUGUCCACCGAAACCAACACCACCAACACCCCUUCCGAUGGCACCCCUGUGUCUACAGACACCGUCCAUCCCUAUAACCUCGACAAUCCUUCUUCUCCUUUGAUUAACAUCAAUGUGACCAAUAUUUCCAAGCUUUCGACAUCCAAUUAUCUCACAUGGAGCCUACAAAUCCGUUCUCUUCUUCAAGGUUAUAACCUUGAGGACUUCCUUGAUGCCACCAAAUCCACAUCACCGACAAUCACCGAAAACACCACGACCAUCCCCAACCCUGCCUAUGCAUCUUGGUUUCGUCAAGAUCGGUUAAUUUUUUCAGCCCUCCUCGGCUCCAUCUCACCAUCAUGCCAAGCACUUAUUGCCCGAGCAACCUCCACGAGUGAGGCGUGGACGACUCUCGCCUCCACCUAUGGUCGGUCUAGCCGGGGACAUAUCAAGCAAAUCAAAGACCAUGUGAGACGUUUCUCCAAAGGCGGGAAAUCUAUUGAUGAGUUCAUGCAUUUCUUCAAGACCAAAGGUGAUGAGCUAGCUCUUCUUGGCAAACCCCUAGAUCAUGAAGAUCUUGUGGAUCUCAUCCUCUCUGGCCUCGGUGAGGAAUAUCGCCCUAUCAAGGAUGCUAUCAAUGCCCCUGACAUACCUAUUUCGUUUGUGGAACUCCAUGAACGCCUAUUGAACCAUGAAUCGAUUCUUCUUGCUUCCGAGCCACUCCCAUCUGUGAUGCCGAUCUCUUCCCAUAAUGCUCAGACACGAACCACCGGCACCUCAUCUCGUCCUUCGUGGCCACCUCCUUCGAAACACAUCUCCCGCUCUCCCCAUGCAUUCUCGGCUAUUACGACCACUUAUUCGGAUUGGCACUCUAGACUAGGCCAUCCCUCUCCCGAUGUUUUAAAUAAGGUCAUAAACCAAUUUUCAUUACCCUUGUCGUCCAAUAAAACUCGUACCUUGUUAUGCGAAACUUGCUCUAUUAAUAAAAGCCACAAACUCCCGUUUUCGGUUUCUACUCUAACGUCUUCUUGA